UGUCCUUUUACUAAUUCAACAUACCAGCAGCACACUCUGACAGAGAAGAAACGCAGUGAAAUUAGUGUUUUUACCCAUCGUUCUCUGAUGAGGAACGGUACAAGUUUUUGUAAAAUAAAUGCGAUGCUGGUGGGUGUAUUUGUGAAAUAAACGGGUUGUCAGGCAAGUUCGCCAGCGGGAUAUGAUGAUAAUUUCAUAUGAUUGCUAUUCUGAUGUGGCAACUUGUUUCCAGUAAGUGAGCAAUAAGCUGAAGGAGAAGGGCGUCCAUAUCUCGCUGUUGACUUUGACCGGUAGUUAUCUCUGGGAGAUGGUUAUCUCGGGACAGCUGCUCUCCAGUUGGUCCAUUACUGCAAUGGUCCAACUGCGGACAACUGUUAAAGAUGGCUCGUUAUAAACGGGGUGACCUUGAAGUCUGCUCCAGGCAGAGGGGGCACAGUUAAAUCUGGAGCAAAGUAAUGCCUCCUGUUCAAAAGAGAACAUUAUUCCAAAUACGUAAUAUUCCAUCAGAGUUGAGAGCGCCCUUCCUUCUGCUGUCUCUGUGCAAUAAACCAACAGCGAUCUUUGCCCUGAGCUGUCGCUGGAGUUUAUAAUCUGACAAUAAACUGGCCCUAACUGGUACAAUAAAUUAAAGUGACGACGCCACCUCAACCGGACCAGGAUGCGGGUUGUGAUUCCUCUCCAGAGCAGAUCAAGUGUUCUGGAGAGAGAAAAUUAUUGCACCGCUUGCACUGUAGUAUUAAUUCUGGUUCCGGCCACUUGUAAGAGUGACUUGUUCAUGGAAAUUAAGCUUUUAUGUGGUUUAGCACAAGCGUUGUGGAACAAGGUGUGACGUUACAUGCUGAAUAGACUGAAGUUCUGGUUUAUGAGCGCGUUAUCAACUGAACAUUGCUCAGGGAGUGUUCACUUACCGUUAGGGACAUAAAAUUCAGAUGUUCAGACCUGGAGUCCAACACCAGGUAAGGACAGGGUCAUAGGGGAAAUGCUAUUGUGCUUUAUUACGCCCACUGGUCGCCCUAGUAAUGCUAUUGUUUCUAUCAGUUCAAUAUUGUCCUGAGGAUUGCGUGGAUUAACGAAUAUGUGUGCUUUAUUCUGUUUGUAUGUUUUUUUUAAACAAAUACUUUAUAUAUCUGGCAGUGAUAUUUAGGAUAGAAAUUCCUAUAAUAAAUCUCACUGACAGUUGAUAAAAGUAUGGAAGUCUACACUCAAUGGGCACGUUGUUAUGUACUCCUGUUCCUAAUGAUGUGACACAGAGUGAAUGCUCGGGGUUUACUGCGGCUGCACCCCGUCCACAUUCUAUGUUUGGUGCUCAGUGAGGCUGUCUUGCACUCCGCUGUUGGAGUUCAUGGUUAUUUGAGUUCUUGCCGCUUUCCUGUCGGAUUUAAUCAGUCUGCCCAAUCUCACUGAGUUCUCCCAUUAACGGGGCCUUUAGAACCGCUGUUCACUGGAUUUCCUUUGGUUUGAUUCCGGACCAUUCUCAGUAAACCGAGAGAUUUAUACUUGAGAAUCCAAGCUGCUGAUCAGUUUCCGUAACACUCAUACCACCCGGUCAGGCACCAGCGAUCAUUCCCCGGUCAACGUCACUUACAUCACAUUUAUUUCCUCUUCAGAUGUUUGGCCUGAAUAACAACUGAACCCGUUGACCAUAUCUGCAUGUGUUUGUGCUUUGACUUGCAAGCAGAUGAUGAACAGAUCCAUAUUAAUGAGCUGGUAUAGAGUUGUACCUAACAAAGAAGCCAUUUAGUGCAUUUCCCAUUUAGGCAAACCUUCACCCAUCUCGAAUAUGAACACGGAUGAGGUCUGGGCCUGAUUGUUGAUUAUUUGCAUGCUUGCAACAAUAGGCUGUCUCUGGCAAAGCAGUGGACGAAACACUGUUGUAAGGUACGGAUAAUCUGGAGAGAGAGACCCGUCACUGUUCCCUCCAAUCUGCGCUUCUGCAUAACCAAAAUGCUCCCACGAACGGAGCCUUUGUUGCAGCGCAGAUGGAAGUAAACACUGUCGUAUAAAUGUUUAUGAAACUUGAACGUUUUUCUUUGUUGCGCUGCAUUUUUAUCCUGUCCUUUAAUUAGUAAUUAAAAUUAAAAGAAUUGUUUUUCUCUUGUCUGUCUUCAUCCUAAAAUAUUCAUAGAUGCAUUUUACAAAAGAGGACACAUCAACGAUGUUGCGCUUUUUUCAGGCUGUGUGAAAAUUCCCGGCUCAGAGCAAUGGUUGAUCCACGCAGCGGCAAAAAUAGUCAUUAGAGGGAACAUUGGGGACGAAGCACGUUGCAUUCUAUGCAUAUUAAUCACGAUUGAAUAUGGUACAUUAUCGUGCUUCCUGUUAUAAAGGAGAUGUUAUAAGUCAAUAGAGUGGACAAAAAAAUUUCACUGGGAACCUGUCUGGUAUUCAGGAAAUAGUAAUGAAUAACGCAAGAAAAAUUAAUAAUAAUUUCGCCUUGUCCGUGGGAGCGUACAGUGAGGCAAUGAUGCUCAGGUGCUUAACAAUAUAGAACUAAUUCUGAGCAGCGAAUAACUAGACGGUCCAUUUACUAUAAAUUCAAGAGCUUUUCGUUUUCGUUUCUCUAAAGAUUCACUAUUAAUGCCCCGGUAAUCACUUUUCCUACCUUUUCAUAACACUGUGUGUAGUACCUCCCCCAUUAUAGGUAUGAGCAAGUAUGAGAUCUUGGCCAAAUUGCGCAAUUAGGUGUUCAGCAUAUCACGCAUCAUCCUGGAUAAAGUUCUGAUAUCAGUUCUGAUACUGGGUCUUCCACAGUGUCUUGUUCCACAGAUGCAAUCUGAUGUACCGAGUUUCCAGCAGUUUAUAAGAGGACGUAGGAAUAUGGCAUUGGGGCGAAAAAGAAAAUCAACCAUGAUUGAAUGAUGGAGGAGACUCGAUGGACUGAAUCACUUCAUUCUGCUCUGAUAUCUUAUCAUGACUGAAUGAUGAGUCCUUAAUAUCCCGUAUCAGGAUUUGUGACGUGUGAGGGACAGUUACAAAUUUGUUCCAUGAGAUUAUUUUAUUUGUCUUCAGCGUUUAAAUAUCAGAGAGAUUCGCUUUUGAAAAAAUUGAGCAGAAAUAUUUUUUUCUCCUUUGUAUUGUUAAUGUGCUUCAUUCUCUGGUUAAAGUUAGACCUGCGGUGAGAGAUUUAGUGGAAAAAAGCCCACAGCUGGAAAGAAGCUACGACUGAGAACGAGUGAACAGCGACAAGCGAACCAGCCCGAGGACUGAGAGUACCAACUGAAGAGAACCCUCUGACUCAGAGUUUCCAUUGAUUCAGUCAGGAGAAAGUUUGAGCCUCACCAGCAGGUGGAGCUGUCCUGCAGAGCGACCAAAGUGUAAACAAGACGACGACAAUCAACAAUCGUCAGUCAGAAUCAGAAUGGACAAAGAGCCAGAGUUUACAAUCUCCGACCUCCUGGCAGAGGGGGAGGAAUAUCGACUGUACCAACUGACAAAGUUCUACAGGGACAGACUCAAACAAGCAAUUGAAGAAAAGGUUGAGAGACUCGGUUUGAUGUUGACAAAGGAGGGACAUUUCAGUAGAGAAGAAAAUGAGAAAGUCACUGAGCUGACAGAGAAGGGAAACCGGGCAGAGAGUUCCAGACUCUUCCUCAGUCUGGUGAAUGGCAAAGGCUCCCGGGCCCGGAGGGCAAUGUGGGAAUCCUUUCUGAUGUGGAGGACUGAGUUACCGAAGUUGGACAGAAUACUGAGGGAAAUACAGGAACUCGGUCCUGAUCCACAGGAAUACAUGAACAUCGCCCAAGGUUUAUCGGAAUUACCCACUCAGCUGAUAGAUGUUCAACAGAAACACAAGGAGACUCUGCGGACACGAACUGAAACACUGAGAGUGAACACGAUCCUGAUGACGGAGAAGGUGAAGGUUUUCCAGCUGGCUGAUCGAUACGCUGAGCUCACGGUCAUUUCUACUGUUCGAGAUCGGACACUGGUGGAACAUGAGCUGCUGGCAAGAGGCAGACACCAUGAGGAUUAUAGAGAGAAACAACUCCGCAGACAGCUGGAAAAAAUCCGGACUGAUCAGUUAUUCCAGAGCAGCUUUUCCCGGAGUAAAUCCAAGUCUGGGAGUUCAGCAGCAGUGGCCGGAGUCCCGGGGAUCGGGAAAACAACGAUGGUACAAAAGAUUGUUUAUGACUGGGCCAUGGGGAAAAUAUACCAACAGUUCCAGUUUGUCUUCAGUUUCAAAUUCCGAGAUUUAAACAGUAUUGACUGUCGAAUAAACCUGAAGGAACUGAUUCUGGAUCAGUAUCCUUACUUUGGGAAUAUCCUGAGAGAAGUCUUGAAGAACCCAGAGGGAUUGCUGUUUAUAUUCGAUGGUUUAGAUGAAUUCAAACACAAAAUCGAUUUUGCGGACAGUCGGAGAGAUACAGAACCAAAGCACCAGUGCCCAGAUCCCGAGUGGUGGUGUGAAGUGUCGGACAUUGUGUACAGUUUAAUCCAGGGCAAGCUGCUCCCAGGGUGUUCAGUGCUGGUGACCACUCGCCCCACUGCGUUACAUUUAUUGGAAAAGGCGAAUAUCAGUGUCCGGGCUGAAAUCCUGGGAUUUGUUGGUGAGGAACGGAAGGAAUAUUUCAUCAGACAUUUUGAAGAUCAGACGGUGGCCGAAGCUGUUUUCAAUUAUGUGAAGGAGAACGAGAUCCUGUACACCAUGAGCUACAACCCCUCCUACUGCUGGAUCCUCGCUCUGGCACUAGGCCCCUUCUUCACACAAAGAGUCAGGGACCCACAGCGAGUUCCCAAGACCAUCACCCAACUGUACUCCUACUAUAUUUACAACAUCCUGAAAAACCACGGCCGUGAGAUUGAGAGACCCCGUGAUGUGUUACUCAGGGUUGGUCAGAUGGCCUUCAGAGGAGUGUCCGGGAAGAAGAUUGUGUUUACAGAUGGAGAUUUGAUCAAGUACAAUCUUCAGCCUUCCCAGUUCCUGUCCGGGUUCCUGAUGGAGCUUUUGGAGAGAGAGGAUUCUGCCCAGAGCGUGGUGUACACAUUCCCACACCUCACCAUCCAAGAGUUUGUAGCUGCAGUCGCACAAUUCCUGAAUCCACAUCCCGGGGAUAUCCUGAAAUUCCUCACUGAAGCCCACAACACGACAGAUGGGCGAUUUGAGAUAUUUCUCCGUUUUGUUGCUGGUCUCUCCUCUCCAAUGACAGCUCGGGGCCUGGUGGAGUUUCUGGGUCCAUUUCCUCAUGAAACAACCUGCCGGGUGAUUGACUGGGUGAAGGAGGAGGUUAAACGUCAGAUUGGAAACACAGGGAUAACAGCUGGUAAAAGGAGCCUCCUGAACACAUUGCACUACCUGUUUGAGUCUCAGAAUCGUGGACUGGCUCAGGAAACACUGGGAUCUGUGGAAACACUUUCAUUCAGUGGAAUGACACUGACCCCGAUUGACUGUGCGGUCCUGUCUCAUGCCAUCGGACUCUGUGAUACAAUAAAACACCUCGACCUGGGGAACUGCCGCAUUGAGUGUGAGGGAAUCCAGCGGCUGGGACCCGGGCUGCACAAGUGCCAGGAGUUGAGACUGAACGAUAAUAAAGUGGGAUAUUCAGGAGUGAAACUGGUGUCUGCGGCUCUGAGGAACCCGGAGUGUAAAAUACAGACACUGGG